CCGUGAACUCUUGUGGUGAACUCCUUUCUAUGGCUCUGUGAACUGUCUACUGUCUAUUAUGUUAUGAAGGUUAUGAGACUUGAAUGAAAUUACUAUUUUGGAGAAAGGAAUCUAUUUGUACAGCUAUUAGGUAGUUUGGAUGUUAAUUUAAGAAGGUGUAAUAAUCUUAGUUUAAUUUGACCAAGAAACACGAUUUGAAACAAACUAUGCAUCGUGCCAAGACCCUUGUGACUGCUAUUUCAGCAGGCAUCCCAUCACAAAAAUUUGCUUCAUGGCUUAUUAAAAAUUCUCCAGCAGUUUUACAAUGCAGUCAGUGCCGAGCUUAUAACGUUCCUGCAGCAGCAGAACCAUUCUUAAAUGGAAGUUCCGGACAAUAUGUUGAAGAUAUGUAUAAUGCUUGGCUUGCAGAUCCAUCUAGUGUACAUGCUUCAUGGGAUGCUUUUUUUCGAAAUUCACAAUCUGGAGGGCAGGGGUAUAUAUCACCUCCAAGUUUAGCCACACCUUCAAGAAACGAGGUCCCACUAGGUGCCCUUAUACCUAGCCUAGGAGGUUCAGCAUUAGCUGGCCAAGGUAUUAAUGAGAAGAUUAUUGAUGAUCAUUUAGCUGUACAGGCUAUUAUUAGAAGUUACCAGAUACGAGGGCAUCACAUUGCUAAUUUGGAUCCACUUGGCAUCAACAGCGCUGAUUUGGAUGAUCAGACACCGCAAGAACUUAUUUACAAAAAUUACAAUUUUGACAGCCCUUCAAGAACCUAUUCAGAAGAACUUAAGAGACAAGUUCAACAGUUUAUGCGGCAUGAGAAUGAUAUGGAUCGAGUGUUCAAGUUGCCUUCAACGACUUUCAUAGGUGGAGGUGAAAAAUCUUUACCAUUAAGAGAAAUUUUGCGGCGAUUAGAAUUGUCCUAUUGUCGUCACAUCGGUGUAGAAUUUAUGUUUAUAAACAGUCUUGAACAGUGCAACUGGAUCAGGCAAAGACUGGAAUCGCCAGGCUGUAUGGAUUUAGGUCCCGAUCAGAAGAGGCUUAUUCUGGCAAGAUUGACUAGAGCUACCGGAUUUGAGUCAUUUUUGGCUAGAAAGUGGUCAUCAGAAAAGCGUUUUGGAUUGGAAGGAUGUGAAAUGCUUAUUCCAGCUAUGAAAACCGUAAUUGACAAGUCAACAGAGCUGGGAGUUGAGAGCAUUGUUAUGGGAAUGCCCCACAGAGGACGCUUAAAUGUAUUAGCUAAUGUUUGCAGAAAGCCUUUAUAUCAACUAUUCACUCAGUUUGCUGGACUGGAAGCCGCAGAUGAUGGUUCUGGUGAUGUGAAGUACCAUUUAGGAACAUACAUUGAACGAUUAAAUCGAGUUACAAACAAAAAUAUACGAUUAGCGGUAGUGGCAAAUCCAUCACAUUUGGAAACUGUAGAUCCUGUCGUGGAAGGCAAGACACGAGCUGAACAGUUUUACAGAGGGGACGGAGAGGGUAAAAAAGUGAUGUCUAUGUUGCUUCAUGGAGAUGCGGCUUUCGCAGGUCAAGGCGUUGUAUUUGAGACUAUGCAUUUAUCUGAAUUACCAGACUAUACAACUCAUGGAACUGUACAUAUUGUCGUCAAUAAUCAAAUUGGAUUCACCACAGAUCCAAGAUUUUCACGAUCGUCGCCAUAUUGUACCGAUGUUGCUCGUGUUGUCAAUGCUCCCAUAUUCCACGUGAAUGGUGACGAUCCUGAAUCUGUAAUUCACGUAUGCAAAAUUGCCGCAGAAUGGAGAGCGACAUUUCACAAAGAUGUCGUUAUUGAUUUGGUUUGUUACCGCCGAUACGGUCACAAUGAAUUGGAUGAGCCUAUGUUUACACAACCUCUUAUGUAUAGAAAGAUUCGAAGUACAAAACCGUCCUUGGACAAAUACGCUGAACAACUUUUAAGCGAAGGUGUUGUUACUGAGUCUGAAGUCCAAGAUGUAAAAGCGAAAUACGACAAAAUUUGCGAAGAAGCUCUAGAAAGAGCUCGUCAAGAAACUCAUAUCAAGUAUAAAGAUUGGAUUGAUAGUCCAUGGUCUGGCUUUUUUGAAGGAAAAGACCCAUUGAAGGUCGGCAAGACUGGGAUAGUAGAAGAUACCUUGGUUCAUAUUGGAAAGAGAUUUUCCUCACCACCACCCAAUGCAGCAGAAUUCAAAAUUCAUAAAGGAAUUGAACGUAUUUUAAGAUCUAGGAUGGAAAUGGUGGACAACAGGACAGUGGAUUGGGCUUUGGGGGAAGCGAUGGCAUUUGGUUCUCUUUUAAAAGAGGGUAUUCACGUUCGAUUGUCUGGACAAGAUGUAGAGAGAGGAACAUUUUCUCAUAGACAUCACGUUUUACAUCACCAGGCUGUUGAUAAAGCUACUUAUAGGCCAUUAUGUAAUUUGUAUCCAGAUCAAGCACCCUACACAGUGUGCAAUAGCUCUCUUUCUGAAUAUGGUGUUCUUGGUUUUGAAUUGGGAUAUUCAAUGACUAAUCCAAAUGCGUUGGUCAUAUGGGAAGCUCAGUUUGGAGAUUUUGCAAAUACUGCACAGUGCAUUAUUGAUCAACUACUAGCCAGUGGUCAGUCUAAAUGGGUUAGACAAACUGGUUUAGUAAUGUUAUUACCACACGGAAUGGAAGGUCAAGGUCCAGAACACUCCAGUGCUCGCUUGGAACGGUUCCUACAAAUGUCAUCUGAUGAUCCUGAUUAUUUCCCUCCGGAAACUGAAGAUUUUGCAGUGCGUCAACUACACGAUAUUAAUUGGAUAAUUGCCAAUUGCACUACGCCUGCUAAUAUGUUCCAUUUGUUGAGGAGGCAAAUUGCUCUACCAUUCAGGAAACCUUUAGUCAUUAUGACGCCUAAGAGUUUGUUAAGACACCCAGAAGCAAGAAGUUCAUUUGACGAUAUGGUUGAAGGUACCGAAUUUAGAAGAAUUAUUCCCGAGGAAGGGCCAGCUUCACAAAAUCCUGAUGGCGUUAAAAAGUUAUUGUUUUGUUCUGGAAAAGUGUACUUUGACUUGGUAAAGGCUACUAGAGAUUUAGGUUUGGAAAAUAAGAUAGCGGUUUCACGGGUUGAACAAUUAACUCCUUUCCCAUUCGAUCUGGUUAAACAAGAAUGUAAUAAAUAUCCAAAUGCUGAAAUUGCAUGGGCACAGGAGGAGCACAAAAAUCAAGGGGCGUGGACAUAUGUUAAACCUAGAUUCGAAACCACUUUAUCUGGACAAAGAGAUGUUAUUCCCGCUAAAAAAAGUUGGUUUAGUAAAUUAUUUCCUGAAGUUGACAAUAAAUCAAUAAAUCAAGAACAAAAAAUCGACAAAAGGGUUAUUAGUUAUGUUGGUAGACCUGUAGCUGCUAGUACAGCUACAGGCAGCAAAGCGCAGCAUUUGAAGGAACUGAAAAACUUACUUGAUGAUGCAACUAGACUUUAAGAAAUAAUAAUUGUUCUGUUAAUUAUUACAUAUAUAGUUAUGCUACUACACAAGUUUAAGGAUAGUUAUAUCACUACACCUUAAAAGAUGGUAAUAGAAUAAAAAUUAUAUAUAAUUAGAUAUUUCAAUUAUAUAUUAGUUUGCUGUUGUUUCUGUUACCUGCUAUUACUUGCAUAUUAAACAUAACUAGUGUAUAUAGGUUUACUAAGAAUUCUAUUUUAAUUUAAUUUAUUUGUAUAUGUAUAUUUUUAAAAAAAAUAACGAUGUAUUAAAGGCACACACUGAUUGUAUUACAUAUACAGUUUGGUACUUAUAAUUUAUAGGUAAUCUAAAGAUUACCUAACUUAUUUAUAUUUGGUUAAGAGAAUGUAAAAGUAUUUUAAAUUGUUAUUUAUUGUAUUUGAUUGCGAUAAUUUCAGUGGAAAAAUAAAAUUUAAAUUAGAAAA